AUGCCACUGUCUAGUUUUAGCGAGAUUAUUGUUGCUGUGAUUCUGGUGGUCAGCAUCUUACGGGCACUCCAAGCAGCGUGUCCUCCCGGCUGGUUGAAUCGGCAAGACUCCUGCUACAUCUUACUGCCUCAGAAGAUGAAUUGGUUCGAUGCUAAGAAGGCUUGUGACCGGCCCGGAGUUAGUCUUGUUUUCCCGAACUCGAUUGAAGAACACAUCUAUUUAUGGGAAGAAAUGAGUACAUGGAUGAAAGAAUUAGGCGCCAACAGUUCAGACGAUCUGCAGCUGUGGAUCAAUUGCUACAGAACUGAUGAAGAGCCUUACAUAUGCUCGGGCUAUGAGGGAACUUCGAGUUUCAGAAAUUGGGACAGCACCGAACCAACCAAUGAUCCCAUCGAGGACUGCGUCAGAAUGGCAGGCAAUUAUGAAAGCAACUGGGGAAAUAAGGUGUGCCAUGUCAAGUAUUUUUGCCGCUUGUGA